AUGGGCGACAGGGAAAAAGAGAAUGUACCUCAACAGAUUGAUAAAGACAAAACUAAGCAGCAAGCCUCGGAUGAUGACAAGGAACGCCUCAACAGUGGAAAAGCCGCAACGGACAACAAUUUGAAGCUGGCAACCUUGUUUCGGGAAAAACUUUUGUUAGACGAAUCAAAAGAGCCGUCCAAUUCCAGCAACUGUGCACGUCGCAGUCGCAGCAAAACAAGGAAUGGACCAUCCAGAAUCGAGGCUUGUCCCAACCAGGACACACGGAUCCCACGUCAGUCUAAAUUGCGUAAAUCUCGACCGCGCAGUAAUAGCCGUCUUUCAGCACAGGUUUGCAAUCAGGCUAAGCACAAGCGAAGCGAUCCUGUGGCCUUGUACCAGUACUAUCAGAACGAAUGGAGCCAUUUCCGUGACCAAAUUCCAGGCGAAAACUCCCAUACAGACCUACGCUGGGAAAUACGUCACAAGCUUAUUCCCAAGUAA